GCGUGGUCAAUCAACAUGUCACUCCACACGACGCGGCCUCAGUAUUUCGCUCUCUAGCACAAGAUACCAAAAACGAAAAAGCUUCUGACGCGUUUCUUGUCAGUAGCGAUUCUCCUAAUAUUUCACAGCACGAUAGUACAAAGCUGGAACCUGACAAGAAGGCAUCGAAGCCUCAACCUGUAGUAGUGUCUCAAAUUCUGACCGAGAAAGUGCCGUCUGUGUUGAAUCUUCAGGUAGAAGCUGGCGUGUCGAAGCAAAAAGAUGGCGCGCAAGGACAAGAUGAAAGAGAAACUCC